AACAUUCAGUUUGCUGUGUUUUGGUGUUACAUUUUUUUUUUCUUUCGACUACGCGUCAAUAUAUUUUUUGUCUUCUCACGUGAUAAUAUUUUACCAACAUCAGAAUGAAAAUUGUAUUAGGACUGGUGCUAUUAGCUACAGCUCUAGCAUAUCCUUUAGCGGAAAAUGACGAUAAGUUAUCAGCCCAACCCGUUAUCGCAGAAAAUUCAAAAUCUCUAGCGAAUAAUCCCGUAGAAACCCCCGAUCAAGCCCGUUUAUCAUCAGAACCACAACCACAAGAGUCUGCGUCGGUUCAAGAUUCCUCAGAAUCCGUAGAAUUGGCGGAAAGUGAAGAAUCUAUCGAAAAAAAAUCGGACGAAUCUAAAUCCGAAGAAAAAAGUGUAGAAGAACCAAUAGCAAAAUCAGUACCGAUCCAAGAACCGAUCUCGGAAGAUCCGAAGCCAAUAGAAGCAUUACCUUCGUUAAAAUCAGAACCUAUACCAGCCGUGGUACCAGAAGAAGUAAAACCAGUAGAUCCCGCAGUACCACAAAUAGCAGCAAAAGCUAUCCCAGUAGAACCCCAAGAAAAACCACUCGCUCUUCCUACACAAAUCGCCGAAGACGAUACCCCCAAAUCAACUGCGACCGAAAUAAAAGAAGAAAUCGCACUACCAAGCGAACAAAAAGUAGAAAUUAUCCCCGCCGCCGAAGAAAAAGUACCAGAAUUACAAAAAGCCGAAGAAAUCCAAGGUAAAUCGGUACCGGAAGAAGCCACCCCGAUCGAAGAUAAAGUAGUAGUAGUACCAGAAGAAUCAGUACCGAUACAAGGUAAAUCGGAAAACGCAGUCGUUCCGGAAGUACCAGUCGGAGUAGCACCGUCUGUAGUAGCGGAAAACGAAAAGAAAGGCAAAGCCGACGAAAUCAAAUCAGAAGAAGUUGAAGUAUCUAAAGCGACCGAAGCUAAAUCAUUAGAAGCGACCAAACUUCCGGAACCGGUACCGGAAACUGAAAAACAACCGAUCGAAGAACCGAAAAAACUGGAAAGUUUACCGGCGGAACCUCAGGAGGAACCCAAACCGACCGAAGCGGUUAAAAGCGAAGAGGAACCCAAACCGGUAGCCGAUGAAAAACUACCGGAACCCAGCGCAUCGAGUUCUUGAAUUUCAUUCCCGGAUUAACGGAAUUAUUUGCAAGAACGACUGAUGUGAGGUUCGCUGGCACUUUUGUUCUACAACACACUUAAUUAUUUUUCAUUUUUCAUUUUUGUUUUAUUUUUGUUUUUUUAAUAUUGAACAACUGAGUGAACCGAACCUCGAAAUAGUGGAUUUUUAUUUAUAUUAUAUAACAUUAUGCUCAAAUAAAUAAACAGAUAAAUAAUAACGAUCGAGUUUUGUUAUAGAAACCGCGUUUGUUUUUAUUUUAUAUUAUUUUGUUUUACCUUUCAUCCGAGGGCAUAUUUUCAAAAAUCAAUUUCCAGUUUUAUUGUAAAUCUCGACGUUUUUAAUCGACUUUUAGAUAUUUAGGUUAUGUAGGUAUUGAAAAUCUUUUAAUAAAGUUUUAUACAUAGAAAA